AUGCCAUCAAUUGGGACAUUGGGUGGCACUCUCCCCUGGGGACCCAAGAAACUCAAGGUCAAGUGUCAAGCCUUCCCUCAUGAUGGUUCAACAGGACUGAAGCGGACCACUCCAGCCAGCCUGUCUGUCACAGAUAACCAUCACAGGCUGGAACCAAGGGUGAAAUUGAAUGUGGUAGCAGUCAAGGUACCAGGACACGACUCCUGGAUUCACUACUCACGAGUCAAGCCGUGGAAGAAAACAGAAGAGGACACUCAGUACACCUGUGAGCCCCUGGGAGAUCUCAGAUACCUAUUCAGAACUACAAGCACUGUGGCCAGGAGGGCAACUCUGUACCAGCUCACUGAUGGCGGCUGA